AAUGCCAUGUCCGUGGAGGAGGGGGCGGCGGGGGCCGCCGCUGAGGAGGGCGAGGGCUUCUCCUACCCCUACAAGCCCAUCUUCAGCACCCAGGGGCCACCCCUGGCCAGCCUGCAGGACAGCAACUUCCUCACCGAGGCUGACAUGGUCAUGAGCUUCGUCAACUUGGUGGAGCAUGACAGAGAGUUUCACCAUCAGCGCUGCCACUACCGAGAGUUCAGGUUUGAUCUCUCCAGAAUCCCAGAGGGGGAAGCGGUGACGGCUGCUGAGUUCAGGAUAUAUAAGGAUUACAUCCGCGAACGCUUUGAUAAUGAAACGUUCCAGAUUAGUGUCUACCAGGUACUCCAGGAGCAUCCAGGAAGGGAUUCAGAUUUGUUCCUGCUUGACUCUCGAACAAUCUGGGCUGCAGAAGAAGGGUGGCUGGUGUUUGACAUUACUGCAACCAGUAAUCACUGGGUGGUGAAUCCCCAACACAACCUUGGCCUGCAGCUCUCCGUGGAAGGCAUCGAUGGGCAAAGCAUCAAUCCCAAACUGGCGGGUCUUAUCGGAAGGCACGGCCCGCAGAACAAGCAGCCCUUCACAGUAGCCUUCUUCAAAGCCACCGAGGUCCAUCUCCGCAGUAUUCGCUCCACAGGAGGGAAGCAAAGGAGCCAGAAUCGAUCAAAAACACCAAAGAACCAGGAAGCUUUCCGGGUGUCGAACAUUGCAGAGAACAGCAGCAGCGACCAGCGACAAGCCUGCAAGAAGCACGAGCUCUACGUCAGCUUCAGGGACCUGGGGUGGCAGGACUGGAUCAUCGCUCCGGAGGGCUAUGCUGCAUAUUACUGUGAAGGAGAAUGUGCUUUCCCGUUGAAUUCGUACAUGAAUGCUACAAACCAUGCCAUUGUGCAGACACUGGUUCACUUUAUAAACCCAGAGACUGUGCCGAAACCCUGCUGUGCUCCAACACAACUGAAUGCCAUCUCAGUGCUCUAUUUUGAUGACAGCUCCAAUGUUAUCUUAAAAAAAUACAGGAACAUGGUGGUACGAGCAUGUGGCUGUCAUUAGAUCGGUAGGAAAGACAAAAAAAAAAAAAAAGUUAUUUGUAAAGACUGGUUUUGUAUGGCUAUAUGGGGGAGGGGAAAAGGUUAGCACUCCAGCAAUGGGUUUUAAAAAAUCCCAAACAGUUUUUAGGACUGGGCUUCUGAAAGUUCAGACAAUGGAACAGUUUCUGGAUCUAAGUGGCAUUUGAACACAUUUUGUUUUAGUUUAUUACAGACAAUGAGCUUGUAAACUGAAACAAGCCAGAGAAACCAUUUAAAACCAAAUCUGCCUACAAAAUUGGCUCCUACAAUACAUACUUUUACAAAUAAGUCUUUCUGAAGAUUGCAAACUCACUAGUGUUGACUGUGAGUUAAAAAAUAAUAAUCUAUCCAAGGUGAGAAUGUGCUGUGACUAAUAAGCAUGUGUAGUUCCUGUAAUACAGUUUGCAAUAAAAUAAGUGAACAAAA